AUGGCCUCUAUAAGCAGAACCAGUGAAAUAAUUCAAAAACUGAAAGCAAACAAACAACAUCUCCUGGAGGAGAUGAACGAAAAGCGUGAAUCCAACUGUUUGGUGGAAAGAAGCAAUCAAGUCAGCUUCCUGAGAGUUCAAAGAAGGCAUUUCAAUGGUGCCUAUAAGUCCUUUACUUGCACUCAGAUCAAAGAGCCUGUUCCCGACAGUGGCAGGAGCUCCUGGGUCCAACUGAGUCUCCCUGUGCACACAGAGAGAAAACACUUCCCACCAAAAAAUAAUGCCAUAUUUGGAUGA